CCCAUCUGGAACCUUCAUGGGCUGCACGUUAAUGUUUCAUGUUUUAACUCUCUUUGUACUUUGAAUAUUUCUUCUGUGUUUACACACCAGGAAUUUAAUUAAAAUAUUCCCUUAGUCAAUUUCUUGAUUAUUAAUAUGAUUCUUGAGACGUUUUGCCCAAGUUAAUUCAGGGGCUGGCAGAAAAGCUAUGUCUACUGGUAUCUUCUGUCGCAUUAAGCCCUUGCUCUUUGGAGGCAGGACUUCUAGAUUUGAGGUAGUGAAAAGAGCUCACUUGGUCAAGGAUAAGAAGAAGGAAUCAGAAGAACCGAAGAUGGAACGUUCACGUUCACGUGGAUCUUCAGGCAACUUCAUUUUGAUGAUGGAGCUUAGGAAGAAAAUCAUUACCUUCAGAGACAUCAUUGACCUACCACCUUUUGAUGCUUCUAUGAGCAUAAACGAGCUGGUGAUAGGAACAAUGAGAGAUCUGCACAAGUUUUACCCUGAAAUCAUACCCAGUAGUCAACUGUAUGAAAUUAAGGGAUCAUCUAUCGAUAAGGUUCUGAAAUAUUUUUGUGAGGCUUUGAGGUCAAUUGGGGAUUCAUGGAUGAUGAAUCAAGAGUGGAUGGACAAAGCUACAUACAACAUGUACAAUAACAGUGAUCAAAGGAUCAGUUCGGAACAAGCAGUUGAAAUUGCUUCGGCAACACUCACCUGCAUGAUUAAGAUAGCACGAGAAAUGUUUGAUGCGCUGGAUGAAUAUGAGCUAAAUAAAGACAUUCAACGAUCCAACGCCUUCAGCAAAAUCUUGAUGGAAUCCUCUUCAGAAAACAACAGCUAUAGCCCAUGUUGUGCUUCUCCAGAGACUCCUACAUCAGUGCUUCCCGAGUUUUCGGGUUCUCCUGCUUCUGGAGAAUUUUCAAAUUUUUAUAGCUCUUCUCCUCUUCUCAGAUCUCUGAGAGUUCAAGCACUUGAAAAAUUGAACCCCAUGGACAUAAAACGUCUCUCAUUCCACAUGCCUUCAAACCUGGAAAUUCUAGACGGCAGCAGUUUGAAACGAAAGGACAGAGUGGAUGAUGAAACAAUGACAGAAGUGGAAGCAAAGCACAAGCCAUUGUUCGAAAGGAGCAAUUCAGAAGAAAGCAGCAAUUGUGAGGAACUGAUGUUUGAAAUAGAAGCAAGCAGUAAUUGUGAUGUGAAAAAAGCUGCUGACCUUGAGGAUCACAGCGAUUACAGCCUCAAGCGUGGAAUGCCACAGAUUACAGCAGCUGAGACCACUCCAGUGAUAGCUGAAGCCAUAACGCCACCAGCUGCAUUGUCAGUCAAUGCAUCACCAGUUCCACCAGCACAGCCUCACAUAUCCUCACCCAUGAUGGUAGACAUUGUGGCCACACCAUCACUACCAUCUACUCCUCCACCAAUGAAGCUGCAACCAGAUGUAGCAACCACACAGCCACCACCUCCAACUCCACCUCCACCACCACCAUUCGUGCUGCAGCCAGCGACUUUUACAGUGGCUAGCGUACCACGUCAACCACCUACUAUGUCAAGAACUGUAACAGCACCCCCGCUACCACCUCCACCACCACCUAUGGCAUCUGGAACUGCAGCAGCAGCACCCCCGCCCCCGCCCCCGCCCCCGCCCCCGCGUAUGUUAUCAGGAACUGGAACAGCAGCACCAAUGCUGCCACCACCACCACCACCUCAAACAUCAACUGCAAGAAACGCACCACCUCCUCCCCCACCACUCAUGAUGUCUUCAAAAGGAACGAUGCCAUUGCCACCGCCGCCACCUAUGCCUCUCGGAAAUGGAGCUGCUCCCCCACCUCCUCCACCUGGUGCAGCAAGAUCCUUACGCCCCAAGAAAGCACAGACUAAAUUGAAGAGAUCAAGUCAGAUGGGUAAUUUGUAUCGAGUGCUUAAGGGGAAGGUGGAAGGAGGAAAUCAACUUACUAAAUCACCUACUGGAAGAAGGGGUCCAGCUUCGAGCAGUGCUGGCGGAAAGCAGGGAAUGGCUGAUGCACUAGCAGAGAUUACAAAGAGAUCAGCAUACUUCCAACAAAUUGAAGAAGAUGUUCAAAAGUAUUCAAAGGAAAUCACAGAGCUGAAGGCUGCCAUCAGUACUUUCAAAACAAAGGACAUGACAGAGUUGAUCAAGUUCCAUAAGCAUGUCGAAUCAAUUCUUGAGAAAUUAACUGAUGAAACACAGGUGCUUGCAAGGUUUGAAGGUUUCCCUCAAAAAAAGCUGGAAGCAUUAAGGACAGCAGCUGCCCUAGGCUCAAAGUUGAAUGGCGUAGUGUCUGAAUUGAAAAAUUGGAAGGUAGAGCCCCCAUUAGGCCAGCUUCUUGACAAGACAGAACGUUACUUCAACAAGAUCAAAGGAGACCUUGACGCCUUGGAGAGGACAAAAGAUGAAGAAUCCAAGAAAUUUCAAAGUCACAACAUCGACUUCGACUUCCAUAUUCUUGUACAAAUCAAGGAAUCAAUGGUGGAUGUUUCUUCGAGCUGCAUGGAAUUGGCACUCAAGGAGAGGAGGCAAACAAAAGCUGCAGAGACAGCAGUAUCUGGAACCAAAACAGAACCUAGAAGUAAGAUGCUUUGGAGGGCUUUCCAAUUCGCAUUCCGGGUUUAUAGCUUUGCUGGUGGACAUGAUGAUCGAGCUGACAUGCUGACAAGAGAAUUGGCCCAUGAAAUAGAGACUGAUCCUCAUCAUCAAUGAAUAAUUAAAAACCACUAAAAGAAAAGAGAAACCCCACUAGAGUAUAUACAUAUGUUUAUAUUCUAUACGGCAUUGUAUGAGAAAAGUGAGUAGAUUGACGGCGAUGGAACAUCUUUAGAUACAACUUUUGCUUGCUAUUUUGAUGAGCUAGGACUUAGAACUGCUUCAAGUUUCUAUGCUACGAUAUUCUCUAUGAAACUUUGAGUCACAACUCUAGCUAUUCUACUCCUAUUUGUAAUAAGUAAUUCUUGAGGUGCAUGUUCUUAAGGGAUUGAUUCUUUGCCCCUUUUUUUUUCAAUAAAUUAAUUGAUGGUUUAGGGAUUUGGACUUGUACAAGAACCUCAUUUUUGAAAAAAUGUGGCUACCAAUUAUCCUAUGCCUCGGCACGGCCAUGUAGUUUAUUAUUAUUUCUAAUUUAUACUUUUCAUUUGUAGUUUCAAA